ACCUCAGUUCGGUACGCGGUUCUUGACAGACCCGAAACAGGUCUUCCAGCACAAUGCAUGGGACAACGUGGAGUGGACCGACGAGCAGGAGGAAGCUGCAAAAAGAAAAGUCUCAGAAAAUAAUUAUCCACUCCCUGCAGAUAUGCAAGAGGAUUAUGACAUCCGAGCUCAUGAGUUCUGGAAUGAAUUUUACACGAUCCACGAUAAUCGUUUCUUCAAGGAUCGCCAUUGGCUCUUCACGGAGUUCCCGGAGUUGGCCCCUCAGUGCAGCCUCAACCACACCUCACAUCAAGAGGAAAACCGGAGCGAAAUCCCAGAUCCAAAAACCUGCAGGGAUUCUGGAGCUGAAGACAGCCGCGACUUUCCUGGAUCUUCGGCUUCGUAUCGUAUUUUAGAGGUUGGCUGUGGAGUGGGAAACACAGUUUUUCCAAUCCUGAAAACCAACAAUGAUCCAGGACUCUUUGUUUACUGCUGUGACUUCUCCAACGUGGCUGUGGAAUUAGUCAAGAGUAACCCAGAGUACGAACCUGAGCGAUGCUUCGCGUUUGUUCAUGACCUGAGUGAUGCAGAAGCCAGUUACCCCAUUCCUGAUGGAAGCCUCGACGUCAUCGUCCUCAUCUUCGUUCUGUCCGCGCUUCAUCCCGACAAGAUGCAGGCCUCCAUCAGAAGGUUAGCUGGCUUGUUGAAGCCUGGAGGCACCAUCCUCCUCAGGGAUUACGGACGCUACGACAUGGCGCAACUCCGCUUUAAAAAAGGGAGAUGUCUGUCGGAAAACUUUUACGUUCGAGGAGACGGAACGCGAGUGUAUUUCUUUACUCAGGACGAGCUUCAUGAGCUCUUUACAAAGGCGGGGCUGGAGAAAGUGCAGAACCUGGUGGACAGACGGUUGCAGGUGAACAGAGGGAAGCAGCUCACCAUGUACAGAGUUUGGAUCCAGUGCAAAUAUAAGAGGAACUCCUGAAAGUUUUUGAUAAAAUAAAAGCGACAAUAACAGAAAAUCUUCUUUCAUUCGCCAUAAAAUGGAUGGACUUCUCUUCUGUGAUUGUUCAGCUGGUGCUGUAAGUUGAAGGUUAUCUACUUCUGAUGUGUUAAUUGAUCAAUAAGAAGAACGGUAACGAGGUUUCUAUUGUUUCAAAGUGUUUUAAUAUGUGGAUGUUUUCAAUAAAAGUACAUAAAAAAUCUGAAA